AUGACGUCCCUCCAUUACAGAAGUGCUUCGGCGACAGACCGUCGUAGUGCACGCCUCUCGGAUGCUCCUUCUCGCGUCGACUCCACCAGAGCCCGGGAAUAUGAACGACCCUCAGCGCGUGACAGCGGCUCGCCAAUACUACCCGAUGGCUAUAGCGACGCGGCCGAUGGAGUGCAUAAGCCGUCCAAAAACGAGAAUCGGUUCAGCGGACUUGAUCGUCGGAGGGAAAAAACUACGGUCACGACGACCGAAACUGUUCUCAGCAGGAGGAGUCCCAAAAAAGACAAGCCGAGUGCUGAGAGCCGGAUGGGCGAUAACAGUCACCGGCGAAGCACCGUUAGUCCUGUGACGAAGCAUCUUCCCAAGGGAGACGUUGGUCCAUGGGCUCCCUCGGUGACUCUGAUUCCCCAUUCUUCUGCACCCCUGGCCACAAGAGUGACUGCUCCGCCUUUAUCACGCCAUGCUCCAUCCGAUCUUGACCCUCUGUCUCUGGAGUCUAUGACCAUGCAAGAACAGGAACGCGCCAUCCUGGACGAUUUGUUAUAUGUCUUCAUGGGAUUUGAAGGGCAAUAUAUCCGAUUCCAUGACAAUUACGAUCCUGCUGAAGAAAAGGAACGGCUGAUGGGGCCAUCUUUCGAACCGCGACCAGGUCUUGAUCCCAGCUUGAAAGAUAUGACCAGUUCGAUGCUCACCAUGGCUACCCAUCACUGUGCCAUCGAGACUUUCAUUGAGGUCCAGAGCAGGGAGGGAUUUGGUUCCGUCAAUCAUGCUCUCUGUGCAGCCAUUCGCAAACUCCUCAAAGAUUAUCUGAUUCUGACCGCUCAAUUGGAGAUGAAAGUCCUGCACGACCCAAAUUUCACUUUACAUCAAAUGCACAUUGCCGUCAUCCCAACCGCACAAUGUCUCGCACAGAUAUACUCCCUGGCUCAAGAGCUGUUGAAGAAGAACUCGCUUCUGGAAGAAGAUAUUGACGACUCCAUUGACGACUUGGAUGCCGACAAUAUUAUUGAGCGCCUGAAGGAAGGCGGUGAUCUGCUGCCGGGCAGUCUCCGCAAGAAGAGAUGCAUCGGCGGCAACGUCCUUGGCUUGUUGACGAAUCGACUGUCGACAUUCUCUGGGGACCCUGCCGCCAGGGGGAUCCUCGAAAUGCUGCUGCGGGAGUCGAGCCGGCCAUAUAUGGUCAUGCUCAAUGAGUGGCUUCAUCGUGGCGGCAUUGACGAUCCACAUUCGGAGUUCUUGAUCGGCGAGAGGGCCAGUAUUAAGCGCGAGCGUCUCGACGAAGACUACACCGAUGAAUACUGGGAAAAGCGCUAUUAUAUUCGAGAAAAGGAAGUGCCGCCGCAACUCGAAUCGGUGCGAGACAAAGUCCUGCUGGCUGGGAAGUACCUCAAUGUCGUCCGUGAGUGCGGUGGAGUCAACAUCGGCAGCAAAAUUGUCGACACCCCGGCCACUUUCGACGACCCACGGUUCCUCGACAAUGUCAACAACGCCUAUUCUUUUGCAAACAAGGAGCUCCUUCAUCUCCUGUUGACGAAAAAUUCCCUCCGAAGUCGGCUCCGAUCAAUGAAACACUACUUCUUCCUGGAUCGAGCCGAGUUUUUCCUCUACUUUCUCGAGCUGAGUGAUUCGGAGCUUCGAAAAAAGUACAGGGAUGUGAAUGUCGGCAAGCUUCAAUCUUUGCUCGAUCUCGUGCUACAUCAACCCGGCAGCAUUGCUGUUGCCGAUCCAUUCAAAGAAGAUGUGAAAGUGAAGAUGAAUUCGGUGGGAUUGACUCAAUGGUUGAUCAAGGUGGUCAAUGUGCAAGGUGUCGACCAGGAUAAUCCAGAAUCCAUGAUUGAUCAGCACAAGACACCGGCCACGGUGCAGGCGCCCGCGCCGGAGAAAAAUAAGAGAGAAAAGAAGGACGAAGAGGAGAAAGAGAUCAUUGGAUUUGAAGCUUUGGAGCUCGACUACACAGUUCCGUUCCCGUUGUCUCUCAUCAUCAGUCGAAAGACCGUCAUGAGAUAUCAACUCAUUUUUCGAUAUACCCUAGCCCUCCGCCACCUGGAAACUCAGCUCGUGGGAUGUUGGUCGAUACACACCAAAGAGAAGGCAUGGAUUCACAAAUCUUCUGACAAGAGAUUUGAACUGUGGAAACGUCGAGUGUGGACCUUGCGUUCCCGGAUGCUCGUCUUUGUGCAACAGAUGCUGUUCUUCGCCACGGCGGAAGUCAUUGAGCCAAACUGGCAAAAACUAAUGGUCAAGGUUGAUGAUGCAGAACGCGAUGAUGAGACGGACGAGACCAAACUAGGCUUGAACCCUAAAACGAAGCCAACAGUGGAUGAAUUAAUGCAAGAUCAUGUGGACAUGUUGGACUCGUGCAUGAAGGACCUGGGACUGACCCAGGCGAAACUACUCCGCUUGCAUGCCAAGCUCAUGACGGGCUGUGGCAUGUUCGCCUCUUAUGUUGAGCAUACGACAAAGACCAUCUAUGAGGCAGACACGAGUAUCCCAAACCCAUCGGAGAGGACCGCAGGAAAAGUAUCUCCACCUGGACCGACAGAUCCGGCACGGAUGAAGAGGAUAGAGGAGUCGAUCAGGAAGUAUGAAGAGCACUUCAAUCGGCACCUAAAGAUCUUGAUUGAUGCUCUCAACUGGUUUGCCACUACCGAGACCGUCUCAUUACUCAGUCUUUGUGGACGGUUGACCAAUGCUGAGGUGCAGAAACGGGAUGAUCUGUUCAUUUGA